CUAAUGAUGACGAUGAUACCACCAUCACCGCCAUGUUUUGACAGUCGAGCCGCAAGUCCUGUCGACACGACGAUCAGUGUCACUAGCAAAAGUAGCUGCAGUAGCAGCGAAGAUCUAUAUACACCACCGCCAUCGCCACCGCUAAAGAAACGAAAAGUGCCUAUGGAAUGGUAUCCCGGCACCAUUGACCUUUUUUUGCAGCAACAGGCCCGCUCCGCUGAUCUCUAUAGUUACAAAGACGACAAUGAACGGCCCUACAAAUGUCAAGUAGAUGGCUGUGACAAGGCGUACAAAAAUGCCAAUGGCUUAAAGUAUCACAAGGCGCAUGGCCACUGUCAUGAAAAGCAGCAAGACGAAUCCGAACUCAUUGCCAAAAAGCCAUACCGUUGCUCUAUUGGUAUCUGCAACAAACGAUACAAAAAUCUCAACGGAUUAAAGUAUCACAUUGAGCAUACGCAUUUGGCCAAGCUUCGCCAGCACUAUCACCACCCUCAUCACCUUUCGUCAACCAUUCACUCAUGAAUGAGAC